AUGUGGUCCAGCGGGAAGCGGUCCGGCUCCGGGUUGGACACCACCUCGUCCAGCGUGGCUGCAAAGAUCCUCAGUAUCAGCUGCUACUCUGACCAUAACUUCAUGACCUGCUGCAUCCCCACUCACCGCCUCUUCGUCCACGUCAGACGACUGGUGGCACACGGGCAUAAGGUGGGUGUGGUCAAACAAACAGAGACGUCCGCGAUCAAAGCCUCAGGAGCCAAUAAGAACGCUCUCUUCACUCGGGAGCUGACGGCCCUCUACACAAAGUCCACUUUGGUGGGAGAAGAUGUGAACCCGGUGUGUACGUUUGAAGACAGGCCUCAGGGAUGUGAGGAGGGGGCCAUGGACCCCCCACACAGCUGCCUCCUCUGCAUCAGUGAGACCUGGGACAAACGGAAGCAGCUCACUGUCGGCCUCGUGGCCGUGCAGCCCAGCACCGGGGACGUGUUCCUGGACUGUUUCUCGGACUCUCCCUCUCGCUCGGAGCUGGAGGCCCGGGUUCUGAAGCUCAACCCUGUGGAGAUCCUGGUGUCUUCAGAACUCUCAGAACUCUCUCUCAAACUGCUCCACAGCAUCACCACAGCCAGCCCCCAUGCUGAUGACCGAGCCCGGCUGGAGACCAGAGACGGAGCCCUGUUUGACUUCAGCGCCGCCCUGGACACGGUCACCAAGUUUUAUGCCCAGAGUCAGGGUAAAGACUCUCAGGCCCUGUCCUGCGUGGCUUCGUUGGAGAGCCCAGUGGUCUGCUGUCUGGGGCCUCUCAUCCUCUACCUCCAAGAAUUCAACCUGGAGCGAGUUCUUCGGAGUCAAUGCAAUUUCCAGCGACUCCUCAGCGGCUCGGAAAUCCUGACACUCGGCGCUGCUACUCUGAAGAACUUGGAAAUUCUAAGAAACCAGACGGACGGGAUGGUGAGGGGCAGUCUUCUGUGGGUUCUGGAUCACACUCGCACUGCGUUCGGACGGAGGCUGAUGAGGAAGUGGGUGAGCCAGCCGCUGACCGACCCCCGAUGCACAAACACCACUGUGUGUGCCCCUCUGCUCUUCGAUGCCUGUGGCUCCGGAGUCGUUGAAGGAAAAAAGUUCAGAGGCUGCGCGAGGGGUGACUUGUGCAACCGCAAAAUGGCCUGCUGCGGCACUGACUUGUGCAACGGCUUCGCUCCCACUGGACCCAGCAUCGUCCUGCCGCUGCUCGCCUCCGCCAUCUUCACUCUCUGUGUGCUCUGA